UACACCACAACAACGCAGAGAAUAAAGCUUGACACCUGAAGUCACAACACUUUACUUCUCAUUCACUCUCCACCCUACCUGGACCAACUCUAAGCCAGCAUGUUCACCCCUCGUCUUGCUAUGCUGUCUGCGCUUGUUCUGGUACUCAGUGCCAUCACUUUUACCGAAGGCCUGCGUAUGGCAAGCGGACCGAAGAAAUGUUGUUUUACCUUUGCUGAUCGUCAAAUACCCAGAGGUAGAGUGGUGGGUUACACCAAGACCAGCCAGCAGUGCUCCAACCCAGCCAUUCUGUUUAAGACUCAGGCGGGGCGAAAGGUGUGUGCCAGGUCCUCAGACAGAUGGGUGAAAGACUAUAUCAACUUCCUGGACAGCAAGAAGUCUGGGGAGCAGACACCACUCCUGUAACCAUGGUGAUCGGACCAUCAGCUGUGUCAACAUCAAAGCAAAUCCUUCAGAACCUCUUUUGUACCUCUAUUUCACAAGGACAUGGCCAGUGAUCUGCCUCAGAGAGAGCAGUCAUGGCCCUGAGCCAAAACACCACCUGGAUCUGGGGAAAUAGAUAAGCUAGAUCUCUAUAUAACUGUAACACUGUGAGCAGCCUGUAUACCUUUCUCUUUAGCAUUUGAUGCCUGUGAUCAAAUGACAGAGAAUGAUUUGACAGAACGAUUGUCAAUAUUUAUUUUUUAAAUUAAAUUCGAUACACACAUCCGUAAAACACAUAAUUGUGUAGAAUGUGUUGUGCAUAGUGAUGAUUAGAUUAAAUUAGAGUGUAGUUCCAUAGAAUAACCUAGGUUAUGUUACAUUUAAGUAUUCUUGAUUACUGAAUUGCAGGAUAUAGGCCUAUAUUCUGUUUUAUUGCCUUCAAUUCAUUAAAAUGCAUGUAGACAAAUCA